AUGACUUCUGCACCGGACGAGAUAGAUGAGCAGCUGCUGAAGCACUGCAUUCAAAUCUACACAGAAGUCAUUACGAAAGCCUACGAGCAGAGGAUUAAGGAUGUUAAGAAGCGAGCUGGUGCCAUGGAGCGCGACACGUGGCGUUAUGAGCAGCUGCCCAAGGACUUGGCUGGUAAAAGGCCCUUGAGUAUCACAGAGCUAGAGAGGCUCGUCCAGUGGAAGAUCACGCACGGCCCCUCUCGCCCUUUUCUCCCUGCUAUGAUCCGCAAAAACGACGGCAAAGCUGUUCUGGAGGCGACAGAGGCGACGGCCAAAUCUCUAGCCUCCAUGCCCUCCAACCCAACAAUGUCCCAGGCCCUGGACGUUACACUCUCCGCAAUGAACACCAUUUCCAAGCUCUCGGGUGUUGGUCCAGCUACAGCGUCUCUCGUUCUCGCUGUCUACAGUCCUAGGAUACCUUUCUUCCAGGAUGAAUUGUGGGCCUGGUUAUUUCCGGAGAAGGCGGGCGGCAAACUCAAGUACGAUCGAAAGGAGUACGAGAUGCUGUUUCGUAAGUGCUGGGAGGUCCGGGAAAGGGCUGGGAAAGGCGUCGAUAUGGUGGCCCUUGAGAAAGCCAGUUUUGUUUUGCAACACAUCGAUCUCGUACCUGAAAACCACUUGGGACCUCUGACAAGGGAAGGGAAAACUGAGAAGGACACCGGCCUGAAAAACGCGUCAAAACAGCUUGAUGAAAAGAUUCAGCCUGAUAAGAGUCAUGUGACAGGAUCGUCAAAAGCACACAACAAACGUACUGCACCAAAGGUGGGUGCUGCACAAGAAUCGACACCAGACGAGGGCACACGACGCUCGAAGCGGAGCAAGAAGUGA